ACACAAGUGUAAGUGUGUAUGUACGUGUGUAUGCCUUUUUUAAUUGCCUGGUACUGCCUAGCCUCCUUUUCUCUUGUUCAUUUGUGUCCUUGAGUUUGCAUUCCUCUUGUCGGUCAACUCCCCCAGCUAGCUUGUCUCCUUGCUAUUCUUGUCUACCCUGCUUCACUCUUCCUACCUCCCACCUGCUCAACUGCCUUCUUUCCUUCAUGAAAAUUCCUGUGCCUGUUUCUUAGUUACUUCUUUAACCUCUUGCUUCCUCUUUACUUUUAGUGUUCUUUUGUUGGUAUGAUUCCCCUAAAAUAAGUGAAAAUGAAAUGCUAUUUUCCAUUUUAACUUUUUACAAGACUUGUGAUAUUGGUGAUUAAAGAACUGGUCUGCAAACUGAGCUUUUCAAGCCCUCUUUAAAGGGACUGAUAGUCGCUUUCAGAAAGAUUGAUAUUGGACUCACUUUGAUGACAUCUGAACUGGAGAGCAGCCUAACAUCUAUGGACUGGUUACCACAGCUUACCAUGAGAGCAGCCAUCCAAAAAUCUGAUGCUUCACAGAAUGCACAUGGAACAGGAAUUUCUAAGAAGAACGCACUUCUUGACCCGAAUACAACUCUGGACCAGGAAGAAGUCCAACAGCAUAAAGAUGGGAAACCUCCAUACAGUUAUGCCAGCCUCAUUACAUUUGCAAUUAAUAGCUCACCCAAAAAGAAAAUGACUCUAAGUGAGAUUUACCAGUGGAUUUGUGAUAACUUCCCAUACUAUAGAGAGGCUGGCAGUGGUUGGAAGAAUUCCAUACGACAUAAUCUGUCACUGAACAAGUGUUUCCUUAAAGUGCCUCGAUCCAAGGAUGACCCCGGAAAGGGAUCCUAUUGGGCAAUAGAUACCAAUCCGAAGGAAGAUGCGCUGCCUACUCGGCCAAAGAAGAGAGCACGAUCUGUAGAACGGGCCUCAACUCCAUAUAGCAUAGAUUCAGAUUCUUUGGGAAUGGAGUAUAUUAUUUCGGGAAGUGCCUCUCCAACUCUGGCAAUCAACACUGUGACUAACAAAGUAACAUUAUAUAACACUGAUCAGGAUGGUAGUGACAGCCCACGUAGUAGCCUUAACAACAGUCUUUCGGACCAGAGUUUGGCAUCUGUUAAUUUAAACAGUGUUGGAAGUGUACAUAGUUAUACGCCGGUGACAAACCAUCCAGAACCUGUUUCGCAGUCAUUAACGCCACAACAGCAGGCACAGUACAACCUCCCAGAACGAGACAAACAGCUACUUUUCUCAGAAUAUAAUUUUGAAGAUCUCAGUGCCUCAUUUCGAAGCCUUUACAAGUCAGUUUUUGAGCAGUCACUUAGUCAACAAGGUUUGAUGAACAUCCCUUCUGAAUCUUCCCAGCAGUCCCACACUUCCUGUUCCUAUCAGCACUCUCCUAGUAGCACAGUGAGCUCUCACCCACACAGCAACCAAAGCAAUCUGUCCAACAGUCAUGGCAGUGGCCUCAAUACCACGGGCAGUAAUUCAGUUGCACAAGUCUCGCUGUCCCACCCCCAGAUGCACGCUCAGCCGUCUCCACAUCCGCCCCAUCGACCACAUGGUUUAACACAGCAUUCGCAGCGUCCCCAGCACUCAGCGCCGCAUCCGCAGCCACACAGCCAGCUCCAGUCCCCACACCCCCAGCAUCCCUCUCCACAUCAACACAUACAGCACCAUCCAAACCAUCAGCAUCAGACGUUAGCACAUCAGCCGCCCCCACCACCACAGCAGGUAUCCUGUAAUUCUGGUGUUUCAAAUGACUGGUAUGCAACACUUGAUAUGCUAAAAGAAAGCUGUCGAAUUGCCAGCAGUGUUAAUUGGUCAGAUGUAGAUCUUUCACAAUUCCAAGGUUUGAUGGAGAGUAUGAGACAAGCAGAUCUCAAGAACUGGUCUUUAGAUCAGGUUCAAUUUGCUGAUCUUUGUUCUUCUCUUAAUCAGUUCUUUACACAAACUGGCCUUAUCCACUCACAGAGUAAUGUUCAGCAAAAUGUCUGUCAUGGCACCAUGCAUCCAACAAAACCUUCCCAACACAUUGGAACAGGAAAUUUGUACAUAGACUCCAGGCAAAAUCUCCCUCCUUCAGUGAUGCCACCCCCUGGUUAUCCUCAUAUCCCACAGGCACUUAGCACUCCAGGAGCAACGAUUACAGGCCAUCACGGAGCCAUGAACCAGCAGCACAUGAUGCCUUCCCAAGCCUUCCAGAUGCGGCGCUCCCUGCCUCCAGAUGACAUCCAGGAUGACUUUGAUUGGGAUUCAAUUGUGUAGAGCUUGUCAGUCUGCAAGGCACCAGACCCCAGUGUCACUUUCUCUGUAGUGAAGAGAAAGGUUCAAGGGAAUCCAGUUGAGAAAGCAAAGUUGCUAAUCACUUAACCAAUGUUAUCAGAAUUUCUUUUGAAGACAAUCAAAGAUUUUAGCUGAAUAACGUACUGCUUUUAUCUGACCUAAACAAGUACUACAUGUUUGUCUCCUUGCCAGCUGCCCUAUGUAGCUCCUAAUUGUUCUGUGAUUUGAACGGCUUUUGCAUAUUUGUGUCAGUUUGAUGUUGACCACAAGUGCCAGACUGAUUUUUCAGGCAGAGCCUAUUUUGCUGCAAGCAGUUUAUAGAUUCAUAUGUGUAAAUAUGUACAAAAAUUA